AUGUCUGACUCCCAUCAAUUACGCCUUCGUCACUUAGUACCUGAAUGUUCCAAGGCAAAAGGUGGUAUCCAAAUGGCUCAUGUGAGUCUCAAAGUGACCGGUUCUCCGGUGUUUAUGAAACGUCGGAUUAUUCCACUUGGACUUCGUGAGCCCGUAAACAAGGCGUUAAAUGAAAUGGUAAGCAAGGGAGUUCUGACACCCGUAAAUUCUUCGGCUUGGGCCACACCAGCUGUUACUCCACUAAAACGUGACGGGAAGACUCCUAUGAUAUGUGGGGAUUAUUGA